GCUAUGGAGUUGCCCGUCGGCCCUCAUCCGUGCUGGGAACUAGAGGACAAUGCACAGGAUUUCGACGAGCCCCGCGAGCUACGCAGUAUACCGGAUAGCCUGAUUGUACUCCAGUCACUGAAACAGUCGCGCAACAAGUGGCUUACUUCGUUGCUACCGAAAUUCUCUGCCAAGGCCCGUGGUGGCAAGCCUCCCGAUGUUGUACCUCCCCCGCAUACGAUCAAGGCUCAUGGCCGAUAUGACAUGAAGAUCGGACCUCAUGUAUUUUCUAACACGGCCUUUUACGAGGUCCAUUAUCUGCCACAGGAGCCCGGAGUACCAGCUUCGUACGGGCAAUCUGGGGCGCCUAUGUCUACUGCAAUGACUCAAUCGGCAUAUUCACAGUCUCCCUCCUCUUCAAACUCUUCAGCUAUGAACGCGAUUGUCACUCCAGACAUGGUAUCUGAAGUGAAUGCCGCAGCCCUCUCCAAUCCGACCCUCAACAAUUUGCUUCAACUAGCUGCAUCCGGUCGAGCUACUGCGGAACAAUUAAGAACACUCGGGCUGCUGGUUCAGAGUCUCGGACAGAGGCAGCAACAUGAAUAUAUGAAAGACGAUACCUCAACCCUUCCUCGAUCUCAUCAUUCACCUCGUCCUAUCAGACCAUUUGAUAUUGUCGUUGAGUUUCAGGAGAAACCCUCAGACCGUUGGAUCAUCUCGCGUGGGCCCGCAGUUUGCAAAAGGGAGCUGAGAAGCGACAGGCGUUCCUCAGACAUUCUGCUUAAUGUAACGGCGCCGUUUCCUGGAAGUUUACUUUAUCAAUUGCAUCAUGCGCGGAUGACUGGCCAAGAUAACGCACCACUGGCGGACAUUCCUUUUCAAAUCGUAACAAUGCGUCUAUCAAGAGCAACACAUGCAUUAUGGGAUGCGUUUUCGACGUGGGCUGGCGGCGAACAGGGUAUGAAAAAGAGCAGAUCUGAAUUGUUGAGAAUGGCUAAGAAGGUUCCUCCGCGAAGCUACCUGCAGUACCAACUUCCAGAUGGCCCGCUCCUUCAGCAGAUCCACGAUUCUGUAGUGUUCCCCUAUGCUACUAAAUCCAUCAUGCCUAACAACGCGGAUAGCAGUAGACCCAGGCGCAGGGCUACAAUCAGGAAAUCGGUCAAUCCGCUCGCGGUGCCUGGCGGUAUUGUAUCUUCUAAACAGCAGCAGAAGCAAAAGGCUCCAUCCUCAACAACUCCAAUUGCGUGUCAUGCAUGUAAACAGACUGACGUCCCGCUGAUGGUUGGCGGCAGUAAGUCAACGCUCAGUCAUGAACCGCGUCGUCUGCCUGAUUUUACUGUUCUUUGA